AUGCGUCAAGAAGCGAGGCAAAGAAGUUUUUUUAAAAGGGGAGGGGGAGGUGGUGGUGGUGGUGGAGGUGGAGGAGGAGGCAUUGGGGGAUUCUGCAGCGGAUUAAUUAAGCGGCCUUACUGCUGCUCACCACUGGUUGCUCUCGUGCUCCUUUGGCUGAUCGGCUUUGGCAUCUGGAAUAGCGGCCUUUUCAGAAGCCGAAAUUCCUCCACGUCUGCUCCUGUCAUCGGUGAAGACGAUGAUCCCUAUGCCAGCGGCCAGCCUGGUGACGACGCAUGGACGGCUAAGUCAACCAAGACCUCUCAACCGGCCAUCACCGGUACAAAUCCCUCUCUUUCUGACGCGUCUGACGACGAUGAUGACCCCUGGUCUUCCAAAAACACGAAUCCUGGUUCGGUGACGUCGCCCAGCCUUGGCAAUGUAGGUUCGGAAAGCGAAUACGGGGAUGGUCUAGGAGGAUCGGAAGGAUCAGAAGUAGGAAGUGGAAUGGGAGGUGGGAAAGAUGCCAGUACCAAAGCUGAAACGGCCCAACCAGCGGCUAAGGCUGGGUGGUUUUCUUGGUUAUGGGGUGGUGGGAAGAAGGAGACGGAAAGCCCUAGCACUGCGUCAGACGAGGAGGGUGAGGGAAGCGGAAUCGGGACAGGCGGGUUUAGACCCGGAAGCGGGUCCGGGCUGGGUUUUGGAGAGGCUGGUAACGAGGAUGAGGAAGACGGGGAUGGAGGAAUGGGAGGUUCGACAGGGUGGGGUUCGAAGCUAGCUGGCUCUGGACCUGGGGGUGGUAGGACAGGAGGGUUUGGCGGCCUGCCGGCAACGGGUAUGGAGGAUGAUGAGGAUGAGGAGAGAGGUGCUGGUGGUUUGGGUGGCGGAAGAGGGAGUGCGAAGGGAGGGGCGUUUGGGGCUCGAGAGGAGGGGUUUGGUGGACGUACGAGUGGGAGGAUGGGUGCUUUUGGUGGGCGUGGCGGUGCUGUGAAGAGAAAAGGGAGUGCGUUUGGCGGGGAUGGGGAGGACGAGGAGGAGGAUGGGGAAGGCGGGGGAGGGAGCGGAGGGGCGUUUGGUGGAAGGCUGGGGAGUGCUGGUUCGGGUAAGAUGGGCAGGAUGGGAAUUGCGGGAGGGAGUGGUGGGUGGGGGGGAAAGGGAGGUGGACGGAGAGGAGGGGAGGACGAGGAUGAGGAAGAGGAGGAGGGAAUCGGUAGUGCGAUUGGGCAGAUGAGAGGAAAGGUCGGAGGUUUGGGAGGAAGAGGGGGAGUGAGAGGAGGGCGGGGGAGAGCGAGUGGGGAUGAUGAGGAGGAAGAGGAGGAGGAGGAGAGGAGCGCUCGUGGGGGUAGAAUGGGGAGGAAAAGGGGGAACAGGGGGGAUGAUGAGGAUGAGGAAGAGGAGGAGGAGGAUGGAGGGGAGGGAAACGCAGAGGAGGAAGAGGACGAGGAGGAGGAAGAGGAGAGUCCUAGGGCUGGGAGAAAGGGGCGGAAGAGAGCUGGGGAUGAGGAGGAGGACGAAGAGGAAGGAGACGAGGAUGAGAAUGAAGAGGAAGAAGAGGAGGGAGGGGAGGAGGAAGAGGAGGAGGAGGAGGAAGGAGGAGGCAGGGCGAAGCGGAAGAAGGUGGGAGGGAAGAAGAAGAGAAGUGGAGGGAAGAGGAAACGGGCGCGGGGAGGGAAGGAUGAGGUGGAUGACGCAGUGGAAGAAUUCGAGCAGGCGGCCAAAGAAGCAGAGGGGUUAGCAGCACGAAUCAAUAAGAAGAACCCGAGAAUUAAGGCGAAGAAGGGGGUUGCAGUGGCAGAGGAGGAGGAAGAGGAGGAGGAUGACGAGGAGGAGGCGGAGGAGGAGGAGGCGGGGCGGGGAACGGGGCGUGUGAGGCAGGCGGGGAGGGUGGGGAAGGAUGCAGCGAAGAGAAAGGAGGAGGAGCGUGUGGCGAGUAUGUUUUACGGGACCAGGGCGGCGGACGAGGCUCCCAGUGUGGAGGACGCGCAGGUGGAGGAGGAGGAGGAGGCUCCGGGGGAGGACGAUGAGGGGCUGCUUGAUUUUGCCUCGCUGCGGAUUCCAGGCACCGGCGUCAGAGGCACCAAGGUGAUGGAGGUGGAGCGGCAGCUGGCGUGUGUGGCGAGGGAGGGGCGGUGGGCGCUCAACUCGACGCCUAGAUGGCUGCCGUGGGACCUCAACCCGCUGAGAGUCAAGGAGCAGCCCAACUACCGCACCUGCGACAUGCUGCACGCCCAGCGGGAGGGCGGCAUUUACGGCCUCCAAGCCGAGCAAAUCCGCCAGAAGUACUCCCGAGCCUCCCGCCGCCGAGGCUCGGCCGCACCGGACUGGAAGGUUCGGCGGGAGGUGCUGUACGAGUGGCGCAGCAGCGAGCCGGAGCGGUGCCCGUUCGUGCGGUUCGACCGCGAGGGUUUCUGCCGGGCAGUGCGGGGGCGGAACGUGGUGCUGGUGGGGGAUGCUUUCAGCCUGGACAUGCAUGACGCUGUGCUGAACCAUCUGGUUACUGCUGCUACGAAAAGGGAUGCUGGUCGACUUGGCGAUGGAUGGGCCAAUGUCACGGAGGGCGCAUGCUUCGAGGCGGGCCACCAGCUAUGCACCGACGUGCCCAUCAACCCCACCUCCGCUGUUCUCCCCUCCUCCACCGCCUCUGGCUCGUACGGCAAAGGCCCCCCCGACACCACUGGCGCAGCAGGAGGGGGGGAUAGGCAGGGGGUGGAUGAGGAAGGUGGGAGUGCUAGCAGUAUAGCUGCCGUGCGUGGGAAGGAGCGCAGGAGGCGGGGGAGGAGGCAGGGAGGGGGCGCUCGAGGCCGCAUGCUGCUGUGGGAGUCCGAUGGGAGCGAGGAGGAGGACGAGGAGGAAGGGGCGGAGGGGACAGAGGGAGGAAGAGAUGGGGGAGGAGGGGGAGUUGGGGGAAGGGUGGCUCGAGGGAGCACCAACGGGGGAGACGAAGGGGAUGAGGAGGAUGAGGAAGGCGGGGGAAGCGGUGGGGGUAGCCGCAGCGGCUGGAGUUCAGGGGGUGGCAGCACUGGUGGAGGAGGGUCGGGGUCUAAUCUCCAGCUGGGGUCCAGGUCUGGGUCAGGAUCGGGGCUAGGUUCGGGCAGAGGAGUGGCGAGGGGCGGGGAGGCAUCGUCGGCGGCGGGGUUUAACUUGCGGGUGGUGCUGAAUCCGUUUCUGACGCCUGACACAGGCCGCCCCACACGCUACAACACCCGCUGGCUGCGCCGCCUGCGGCGGUGGCGCACGGAUAUCCUCAUCCUCUCCCGCACCGCGCUCUUUAAUGACAAGGACCUAAUGUUACAAGAGGUGCGAGACACCCUGGAGGCAGUGCGCGAGCUCUAUCCGGACAUGCUGGUCAUCUGGCGCAACUCCCCUGCGGGCCACCCCAGCUGCCACCGCUUCACCCGCCCGCUCAAGCGCCGCCCCAAGCCGCUGCAGCUCAGGGGGCAGCUGCCGGCUACUUGGACCAGACAUGCUGAGAUGAAUGCUGCCGUGCGGUCUCUGCUCAAGUACGGGGUGGUGUAUCUAGACGUAGACUCAGCCACCUCACUGCCUGCUGUGAGUGUUACUGUGUGUUACGUCUUACUCACCAAUCCCACGCGUGUGUCCCACCUCUCUCCUUCCUCCUCCCCCUGCCAGGAGUACGGAGUGGUGUAUCUAGACGUUGACUCAGCCACCUCCCUGCGCCCGGACGGCCAUCACAGGAGGAUGGACGGCACAGUGGACUGCCGCCACUACUGCAUGCCAGGCCCCCUCGACCACUGGGUCUCUCUGCUCUACAACCUGCUCCGCCUCAUCGACUCCCACUCUGAGCAGCAACAGCAGAGCGGGCAGAGUGGGCAGCGAGGGCAGCAAGGGGUAUCACCCGAGCCUGUGAGGCCCGGUCUCCUGCCUGUGCGUCCUGAGGGGGAGUCCGAGCCUGGUCGACCACUGGUUGCUGGGGGUGCUGGCGCUGCUGGUGCUGCUGGUGCUGAUGCUGGGGAUAGUGAUAGUGCUGGUGCUGGUGCUGGUGCUGGUGCUGGUGGUGCUGGUGCUGGUGCUGGUGAUGGUGAUGGUGAUGGCGCUGGUGCUGAUGGCGCUGGUGCUGAUGGCGCUGGUGCUGAUGGCGCUGGUGCUGCUGGUGGUGGCGAAGGAGGAGACAGCAGUAGAGAGGGGGAGGAGAAGGGUGGGAAGGGCGAGGGAGGGGCAGAGGACGAGGGUGGGGCAGGGAGUGGGGACCGACAGGAGGCGGGGGAAAGUGGGGCUGCAGAAGCAACCGGGGGUGUGGUAGAGGGAGGAAAAGAGGAUGUGGUGGCAGGCAGUGGGGAAGGGAGAGAAGCGGGCAGUGGGGAAGGGAGGGAAGCGGGCAGUGGGGAAGCGGGCAGUGGGGAAGCGGGCAGUGGGGAAGCGGGCAGUGGGGAAGCGGGGAGUGGGGAAGCGGGCAGUGGGGAAGCGGGGAAAGAUGCAGGAGCAGAAGCCAAGGAGAGUGAUGGGGCUGUUGGGCCUUCAGAGGCAGGUGGGCUCGAUACUGGUGAUGAGGGGGUCAGGGAGGAGACGGGGAGGAAGGAGGUACCGGAGCAAGGAGCAGCAGAGGAAGGGGCAGCAGAGAAGGGAGGGGCAGGGGGGGAGCCAGGAGCAGGUGAGCAGAGAGGAGUGGAGGAAGGCACAGGAGCAGGAGGCGAGGAAGGAGGGGCAGUAGGGGUUGCGGAUGAAGGGUUGAAGGAGGGAGGGGAGGCUGGUAGUGUGAAGCGAACAGAGGGAUCAGGAGAGGAAGCAGGGAAGGCAGGGCAAGUAGGAGAGGCAGGGCAAGCAGGAGAGGCAGGGCAAGCAGGAGAGGCAGGGCAAGCAGGAAAGGACACGGAACAAGUGGGAGGGGGAGUGGAGAACAAGGAUGAAGGGAAGACUGGUGAUGGUGCUGCUACUGCUGCUUCUGCCACUGGUGGAGCUGACAGUGGUGGUGCUGCUGCUGCUGGCAGCAGUGAUAGCAGCAGUAGCGGUGCAGAGUCGUUCCCACCUCCAGAUGAUGCCACGCCUGCUGCUGACGCCUCGCCUGCGCCUCAAGUCAAAGCACCUGAACCCCUCACGCCCUGCAGGAACUACUCGGAAUGCAUCCCAGGGACGGCAGUGCGGGGCGCACAGGCAGUGGAGCAGACCAACCGUGAGAUGGCGUGUCUGGCGAAGGAGGGCCGUUGGAUCAAGUUCAACACGCCCCGCUGGCAGCCCUGGAGCAAGGACCCCAACCGCAACCCCCUGGCGCCCCACUAUGGCACCUGUGACAUUCUGCACCGCAGAAACAAGGGCGUGUUCGGCAAGGCAGCGGAGGACAUCCGGGUGUCGGGCACGGGCGACUGGAACGUGCGUCCGGAGCUGAAGCACACGUGGAAGGCCAGCCGAUUCUGCCCGCCGCUCAACGGGUACAACCGCGACAAGUUCUGCCGGGCCAUGGGGCAGCGCAACGUGGUGUUUGUGGGGGAUCAGUCGCAGCUGGCGCUGCACGAUGUGUUUAUCAACCACGUGCUCACCAUGAAGACUGCCAAGGAUAUCGGCACUGCUGCUGAUGCCUGGGAGGAGAAUGAAAUUCCCUUGUGCCACCGCAAACCGCACGUGGUGUGUUCGGACCAUGUGCCCGGGGGAUUCACCUUCCGAGUGGUGCACAACAACCUGCUCUCGCCUGACUCUGCCGGGGGCGGCAAGUUCAACCAGCGCUGGCUGCGCCACCUCACCGAGUGGAACGCCUCCAUUGUCGUCCUCAACAAGGGCUUCGAAAAAAGACCAACUGCCAAGUACCUGUCAACGCUACGUGCAUCGCUGGCGAAGCUGCGGGAGGUGGCGCCAGACGUCUUGUUUGUGUGGCGCAACACGUGGCGCGGCCACCCGGACUGCGGCAAUGCCACAGAGCCACUCAAGGCCGUGCCGCACAAUGAGACCAACGACAGCCAGUGGAGCUACGUGGUGGAACAGAACGAAGGGGCCAAGGCUAUUGUGAAGGAAUUUGGAGGCCUUUACAUUGAUCUUGAUUGGUCACUCUCGAUGCGCCCCGACGGACACAUCAAGAAGCUUGACGGCUCCAUGGAUUGCUACUAUUACUGCUUGCCCGGCCCACUCGACCACUUCAUGCGGCUCUUCUAUAACAUGCUUCUUUUGCUUGACUCUAAAGCAGCCUCUACUGCUGGGCCUCAACAAACAUAA